GGAAGUUUCCUGAACGUGAGUGUGAUGUUGUGAACCCAUGCUGCCUGUUCUUAACCCAGACUUGGACAGCCACUUUGGAACGCAUGUGCACGUGCUGCUGUGUGCUUGAGAAUCGGUGAGCUGAUCGUCAUGAUGCUGGAGAGGAGCACGGUGACGGUGGUGGCGGAUAUCUUCUUCAGCAGGAGACUCUCAUCGGAGGAGGAGGAGGAGGAGAGAAUUCACUGUCGCUGCUCCAGAGCCUAUGUGCAGGAUCGGGAGCUGUACCGCUCUGACAACAGAUUGCUCUCAUUUGAUCAGGCGGACACUGUGGUCCAAGAAGCAGAUGAUGAAGAGGAAGCAGAAGAGGAGGCUGAGGUGGAGGAGGGGGUUUUGGAUGAAGAGGCUCAGCUGAUGUUGAACAUGGGUCUGCCCCUGGCCUUCGUAAGCUCUACUAAACGGAGGAGAGCGGGGAGGAGAUCCAACAGGAAAUCUGCCACAUACUGUGCAGAGUCGGCUGAAGAGGAGGGAGAUGAUCUACAGGUUGACAACAAAGCUGAAGUGUGUGAUCCACGAGAGGAAGGAACAGGAGGGACCCAAGCUGCCGGCUGGGAAACAUACUGGGCUCAACAGGGUGAAGCUCUGCUGUGGAGCAGCUGGCUGGAGAAACAUCCAGACACUGACCAAGGAGCAGUGACUGCUCUUUGGGAGGACCCACACACAAAAGAUGUCUGGGACCAACAUGCCACAGAGACCUACUACUCCUACUGGGAACAGUACUCAUACUGGUCAGCUCAGGGUUGGACCGCCGACCAGUCUGUCUGUAAUGGGAACACUGGUGGGGAAGCAGCAGCAGGGGAGGUGGGCGGAGGCAUAGAGACAGACCCAGAGGAAUGGAGGGAUGGACAGACUGGGUCUGAGAGCCAACAGAGCGCAGAGGAAGUGAAGGCUCUUCAUGAUGACGUUGAGGUUUUGAAUGAUGAGUUUGGACAGAGUUGCACAUUAGAAGCAGGUGGGAGAUCAGUGAGUGACUCAGAGCCACACACACAGCAGCAACCUUCUGAUGGUGGGAAUGGUCACAAGAGACCUGCUUCCUCCUCACAGCUGAACACAGCUGAACAUAAAGAUUCCCAGCAGCCUCCUGGCUGCCCUGACAGACAGCAUGGCUCCAGGAAUAACAUGUCAAAUCGAGAAGAUGAUGACGAUGAGGACAAACCCCCGGGAGGAGAAUCUGCUAAAGUCAAAAGCAGCCAUGAGCUGGAUGUGGAGGAGAGCCCAAAUCUGACAGCUGAGGAAGCUUGGCGUGAACUGGGACUCAAACACAACCCUGAGCCUGUGUUCGACAGUGUGUUCAGCUUUAAAGGCAGUGCUGGUCAGAAGCGUCAGAGGCGAUGGUGUUCUAAAGGAGCCGUCCGCAGCAUCAACAAACACAGCUGGUUCUCAGAGGCGUCUGGAGACAACACACAGCCACACAUCAGCACCUCCCUCUCCAAGGUCAAAAACUUCCUUGAAAAGAACCGGAGAGAGACACAGAUGAGUCCAUGUGAGCAGGGUGAGGUGGGAGGAGGAAGCACACAGGAACCUGAGGAUAAGCCUCCUCAAGAAGAAGAUCAGAGGAGGAGGAAUACGUUAACUGAGGAAGGAAAUGAAGAGGCUGUGGAAGAAGAGUUUCGGUCAAGUUUAGAUUCACAGGCAGCCAUCAACUCCACUACUGUGGCUGUGGAGGGUGAGAGGGGGAGGGAGGAGCAGCCCGGUAGACCGUUAACAGGUCUAGAAAUUCCUGACUUUCUGGUGUCUGACGCACCUGAAGGCAACAAUGAGUUGAAUGUGAAACGUGGGAAGAAGCCAAAGGCUAAGAAGAGUAAGCGAUGGAGGAAGCAGCAGGUCCCCGCAGAGAUGGCAGCUGAACCCCAGCUGGCUAAAUACUGGGCUCAACGCUACAGACUCUUCUCUCGCUUUGAUGAAGGCAUCAGGCUGGACCGAGAGGGCUGGUUCUCUGUGACACCGGAGAGGAUCGCUGAGCACAUCGCCCUCAGAGUGGAGCAGAGCUUCCCUGACUCUCAGCUGAUCAUCGACGCCUUCUGUGGUGUGGGAGGAAACGCCAUCCAGUUCGCCCUCACUGGAAAGAGAGUCCUGGCCAUUGAUAUUGACCCGGUGCGGUUGGACUUGGCGCGGCACAAUGCUACGGUUUACAACGUCACGGACCGAAUUGACUUCCUGCAAGGGGACUUCCUUCAGCUGGCACCCCGUCUCCGUGGUGAUGUGGUUUUCCUUUCACCACCAUGGGGAGGGCCAGACUACCUAACUGCCGAGGUGUUUGACAUCCAGACCAUGAUGCAGCCUGAUGGAUUUCAGAUCUUCUGUCUGGCCAAACUGAUAUCGGACAACAUCGUGUACUUUCUGCCUCGCAAUGCCGACGUGGAUCAGAUUGCCUCUCUGGCUGGUUCAGGAGGGAAGGUGGAGGUGGAGCAGAACUUCCUCAACAAUAAGCUGAAGACCGUGACUGCUUACUUUGGCAGCUUGAUAAACUCCGACAGCUUGUAACUCUGGAAAAGUCAAUUUCUACUCCGUCUGAUUAACACUUAAAUCAGACUGCCGUUAUUAGAGAUUUACAAAUACAUUUUAAUUGUACAAUUAUUAGAAUGUUGUUUGUUGUCAUUUUCAUUGUUGAUAUGAGAACAUUUCUUUACACCCUUUAGCUUCGGGCCGGGUCAGGUUAAGUGAAGUUUUGUAAUACUGAUUUCUCUAUAUAACCUACAUGAGUAAACCAAACCAUCAGGGAGUUGCUAUUUUUAUAUAAUUAUUCUUAAUGCUUGUUGGUGUCUGAUGUCUGGCCAGAUGUUUGACCAGAACCUCCUUCAGCUCAGACUACUGCGACCAGCGCAUCUCAUACCACGAUUCCACGAGUCCAACUGUUUGAAAUGGUAUAUUUUAAAGACUCCCCCCCCCCCCCCCCCCCCCCAAACACUCCUUGUUUUGCUCAGAAUUGGAGGUCUCAGGGAGUUAAGUGUCACCAGAUAAAACUUCAUGAAUCAACUUGUGUGUGUGUGUGUGUGUGUGUGUGUGUGUGUGUGUGUGUGUGUGUGUGUGUGUGUGUGUGUGUGUGUGUGUGUGUGUGUGUGUGUGUGUGUGUGUGUGUGUGUGUGUGUGUGUGUGUGUGUGUGUGUGCAGUAUGUACACUUGAAAUCUGCAAUCGCUUUCUUCUUGGUCAUGCCACGCCCAAGAUGUGGCUAUUCUGUCCGAGACUAUGAAUAAGCAAGAACAGUUUCCUUUUAUUAAAUCUUUUUUUAAAGCUCA